AUAUAUAAAAAUGGGGCGAAAGAUACCUGCAAAGAAACAUCGUGGCGUCAAAGAUCCUUUGGUUCAACAUGCACGCCGAAUGCAAAGUAUAAAAGACAAGAUAAAUGCUCCUCCUACGGAUCCUGAUGAUCAACCUGUGCCUCGUUCGUUAUCGCGCUUAUUCGCGUUCCAAAAUAAGGACAAAGAUGUAAAAAAGAAGAAAAAGCGGCUACACAUACCCAGUGAUGAAACUAUUGCAAGGGGAACUGGUGACAAUCCUAUAUCAAGACUUAAAAAGUUGCCUGGUGAAUCUGGUAGAGGCUUUUCCUUGAGAAUUAACAGUGCUAUUCGAGCACUACAUGAUCCCAUUGACCAGGAGGAUUACCCUCAAGAUCUAGAAGAAGAAGAUGUUAAAGGUCAAAAGAUGUCAGAUCACAAUGAGUGGAGAAAGAAAAAGCGAAAGGGGAAACAGGGUGAUGAAAAGCCUAAACUGACGCGCACACAAAAACAAGCUUUGAAGAAGAAAGCCAAAUUGUUAAAAGCUAGUGAGGAAGAACAAAUUAAGGAAGUAGUCUAUGAACGAGUGGGCUUUGGCGAUAUAACGCACGCCCCUCCAACAUUAACCGUUCGACCCAAAAUGAGGGGACAAGACCCUACAGCAAUGGGAGCACCUAGACCUGGCCGCAAAGACCUCCUUCUAAACGCGAUGCUAUCUGGCAACACUAGUAAAAAAAAUGCAACUGUCAAUGCGGCAGAUUUGGCGCGGCGCGAACGGGCGCGACUCGACGUUGUUGCCGCGUAUAGAGAAUUAAAGAAACAGAAACGGGAAGGAAUGAAAAAUAGAACGAAAUGAUAUUAUUUAUUUUUGUGUAAUUGUAAAUAAAUAAAAGAAACACA